AUGAAUGAAGAUGAUUUUCAAGUUGAUUUCAGUCAAGAUUUUAAGUCAUCUAAAUUCAAUGAAGUUCUCGAAUCUGCACCGUUAAUGCUCCCGCGAAAGUUUCAGAAGCAGUUUUUGCAUCAUAUUGUUGAAGUUUUAAAGAAACCAGAAGUUGAAGACAAUAUUAAAUCUAAAAUCCUUAACUGCAUCAAACUAUGUUUCGGAAUUGAAUCACGUGUCAAAGACUUUGUUGACGAAAACCUUUAUUUAAGUUUACCUUAUUCAAAUUCAGUCUUCAGUGACUAUAUUUUCGACAUCAUGUAUUACAUUUUUGUCUAUUUUCCACAAUCCAUCAACAACAAGAUGGUUAGCAUCAUCAAAAGUCUUAUCAAACAAAACGCAGAAAAGUGUUUAGUUUUAUUUUGCAUCUACGGUCACAGUUUCAACAUUGUUGACAAUCCAUGGCCUGUCACGGAUCUCCUUUUCUCAGAAACAUCACUUUUCAGUCAAGAACGUUUCAUUCCUAACUACGUUUCUAUUUUAUCAUACUUGAACCGUUUUUCACGCACAUUCAAGACAAACCGCUCUAAACACAGCUGGAACCAGAUCUGCACUAUCCUUGCUUCAUGCAACACAGACGAAUCAAUUCUUUCAUGCUACAAAGGACUUAUUACAAUCAGUGACACAACAACAAACCACCAGAUUCCUAUUGACAGCAUCAACAACCACAUCACAAACAAAACAUUCCAAGACACAAUCCUUUCUCUCUUACUUAUCUCCGAUUUGACAGAGAAAGAGUCCACAUCCAUCCGAUUCCUUCGCAAUCUUGUUUGUGUUUGCAAGACAAACAGUCGAUGCAGUAUUGUUUUGAUGAAACUUUGUGACAACUUCAACACAGCAAAGAGUCUUCUUCAAAACACAGAUAUUCUCAUUGAAAAUCUUCCAACACCAGAAUGCACACUUAAGAUUGUUCUUAGCAUCUGCAAACACAAAGAGUUACGCGAUUCUCUUCCUAAAAACGCAAACUUUGUUCCAUUUCUCAUUUCAUUGAUCAACGAAAACAUCAAAAACGUCAUCUCUAUAAUCUGCACACUCCUUCGUCGUCUCCCUCUUUGUGAUGAAUUUCUUUUAAAUCUUAGUGAACAAGAAUUCUUCCAUAAAUACUUCAUUCGUUGCAAAGAAAGUUUCGAUGAAAACGACAAACACUCAGCAUUCUUACUUACCGGUACUCUUUGUCACUUCUGCUUCAUCAACGACAUGUUAUUCAUGUCAUCAUGGUGCAUUGAAGAGAUCGAAAACAACGGUCCUCUUAAAGAUGAAUCCCGUACAAUCAUCCAACGUCUUAAUCGUUUCAGUGAAUGUCAAUCAUUUUUCAAAUCCAAGAACAUCACAAUCAACUCUAAACGAAUUAAAAUCAACACAAAAGAUUGA